AUGAAAACUGCUCUUAAGAGUCCUCAUUGGGUUACAGCUAUGAUUAAUGAAUUAAAAGCUCUAUACAGGAAUCGUACUUGGACACCAUUUCCACACCAAUCUCACUACAAUGUGGUUGGCUCUCGCCGAGUAUUCAAAACCAAGCUUAAAGCAGAUGGCUCAAUUGUUGAUCGCUUCAAAGCGCAGUUGGUCGCAAAAGUGAAACCUUUAGCCCAGUUGUUAGGCAUACCACUCUACGGGUUGUUCUCUCGAUUGCUCUUGGCAGAUUCCUCACUUUUUACCUUGCAUUGUGGCACAGGUACCAUAUAUUUGCUGCUUCACGUCAAUGAUAUUAUCAUCACCGACUCUUCCACUUAUCUUCUUCAUCGUCUCAUAACAAAGCUCAGCUCGGAGUUUUCCAUGAAGGAUCUCGGUGAGCUACAUUAUUUUUUGGGGAUAGAGGUCACAAAAUUUUCUGGUGGUUUAUUCUUAUCUCAACAAAAAUACAUCAAAGACAUUCUUGUUAAAAAUUCGAUGUCCGAGAGUAAACCUGUUGCUGCACCACUUACAAUUAAACACGAUCUUCACCAAACAACAAGUGUUCUUGCUGAUGCAACUCAAUAUCGUCAAAUGGUUGGAUCGUUGCAGUACCUUAUUAUUACAAGGCCUGAUAUUGCGCAUGCCAUUAAUCUUGUUAGUCAGUUUAUGCAUCGUCCCACUAUUAUUCAUCUCCAAGCUAUUAAAAGGAUAUUACGGUACUUAAACGACACUCUUGAUUAUGGGAUUCGAUUACUUGCCAACUCCACACUCAAUCUUUAUUCCUUUUCCAACGGUUAUUGGGAUGGUUGUGUGCAUACACGACGAUCAACGACCGACUAUAACAUUUACUUUGGAGCAAACUGCAUAUCAUGGUGUUCGAAUAAACAACCAACUGUAUCUCGUUCUAGUACUGAGGCUGAACAUAGAUCCAUGGCCUCCACUACUGCGGAUAUUACAUGGAUUACGUACCUUCUUCGCGAACUUGAAAUCAGUCUUACCAAAGUUCCAGUUCUAUAUUGUGACAAUAUCAGUGCGCUCUACCUAGCCAAAAAUCCUAAGUUUCAUAUUCAUACAAAGCAUAUAGAAUUAGACUACCACUUCAUACGGGAAAAAGUUGUUGCUGGUUCACUUGUUACUCGCCAUGUAUCUACAACUUCUCAACUAGCCGACGUUUUCACAAAGCCAUUGCCUAAGUGA